AUGUCUUCUAAGGCGAUAUACGAAGUGACCGGCAAGGAUCUUAUAACGAGGCACAUAGCCCCGGGUACGGCGUUGGUACCAUGUCGGUUUGCAGUAUUCGAAAAGGAUACUGUAUGGGAGGAUGAACUCGGCAAAAACCCAUGGCUCUCUAAAGAGCAAUUAGUAGUGAAGCCAGACCAGUUGAUCAAAAGGCGUGGUAAGUUGGGUCUGGUGGGUGUGAACAAGACGGCCGGGGAAGUCCGGCGGUGGCUGACCGAGCAUAUGGGCAAAGAGCAGAAGAUAGGUCCGGCAUCCGGCAAGUUGAGGCGUUUUGUUGUGGAACCCUUCGUUAAACAUGAGUCGAACGAAGAGAUGUAUCUAUGCAUUCAAUCAGGCCGUCGGUCUGAUACAAUAAUGUUCCACCACCAGGGUGGGGUUGAUGUUGGUGACGUUGACGCGCUGGCUGUAAGGCUUGAGAUUCCUGUGGACACUUUUCCCACCGGCGAAGAUAUUGAUCGCGCUUUGUUAAAAAACAUUAAAAGUGCAACAACUAAAAGGAUACUGACAUCGUUCAUACUAGCCCUAUACAAAGUGUUUGUGGAUUUAUACUUCACAUAUAUGGAAAUAAACCCGAUAGUGAUAACAAAUGAAAGGGUCUAUCUACUGGACUUGGCGGCCAAGCUCGAUCAGACGGCGGACUUCAUCUGUGCCAAGAAUUGGGGUGAGGUCACCUUCCCCCCACCAUUUGGUAGGGAUGCAUACCCUGAAGAGGCCCAUAUAGCUGAUCUUGAUGCCAAGAGUGGGGCCAGUUUGAAGCUAACGGUGUUGAACCACGCGGGCCGCAUCUGGACGAUGGUGGCGGGCGGCGGCGCGUCCGUGGUGUACGCGGACACGGUGUGCGCGCUGGGCGGCGCCGCCGACCUCGCCAACUACGGCGAGUACUCGGGCGCGCCCAGCGAGGCGCAGACACGCGACUACGCGCGCACCGUCUUCAGCCUCAUGUGCCGCGACCGGCAUCCGAAGGGGAAGGUCCUGAUCAUAGGUGGUGGUAUAGCCAAUUUCACUAACGUAGCUGAUACCUUCAGAGGCAUCAUCACAGCGAUCGAGAUGUACAAGGAUGCGCUGAUACAGUACAAUGUGACGAUAUUCGUGAGGAGAGGUGGACCUAACUAUCAAGAGGGAUUGAGGAAAAUGCGUGAAGUGGGCCAACGUCUUCGUAUCCCGAUGUACGUGUUCGGGCCGGAGAGCAGCAUGACCGGCAUCGUGCGGCUCGCGCUCGGACACGCGCCCGUGCCCGCGGACCACCAGCUCGACUACGCGCCCAAACAGCUCCCCAAGCCUGAGCCUGCGCCUAUACCAAAAAUCGAUCUGCCAGAACUGACACCAGCCCUUCUAGACCUGGUGUGCUCUCAAGCGCCCACAAGGGCUGACCUCGGCCAACAAACGUCGGCCUCCAGACCACUGUUCAGUGACCGGACCAAGGCGAUAGUGUGGGGCAUGCAGAAUAGGGCUAUACAGGGUAUGCUGGAUUUCGACUACAUAUGUAGAAGAGCGGAGCCCUCGGUGGUGGCAAUUGUCUACCCCUUCACAGCGGACCACAAACAAAAAUAUUACUUCGGAAAUAAAGAGGUCUUCAUACCAGUUUUCAGCGAUAUGGAUGUGGCAAUGCGUAAACAUCAAGAGGCGACUGUUUUAGUCAAUUUUGCAUCACUUCGUUCUGCGUAUGAUAGCACUUUACAGGCAAUGCAGCAUCCUCAGAUCAACACAAUCGUUAUCAUCGCAGAGGGAAUCCCCGAAAAUAUGACGAGGAAAAUAAUUAAAUUGGCAGACGCUAGAGGGGUGAACAUAAUAGGUCCGGCCACGGUCGGUGGUAUAAAGCCGGGCUGCUUCAAGAUUGGCAACACCGCCGGAAUGAUCGACAAUAUCGUGGACAGCAAGCUGUACAGACCCGGCAGUGUGGCCUACGUGUCGCGUUCCGGAGGUAUGAGCAAUGAGCUGAACAACAUACUGUCAAAGGAUGCGGACGGCGUGUGCGAGGGGGUGGCCAUCGGUGGUGACAGAUACCCUGGGACGACGUUUGUUGAUCAUUUGCUGAGAUACGAAGCAGAUCCCAACGUGAAGAUGAUAGUGCUGUUGGGCGAAGUGGGCGGUGUGGAGGAGUACCACGUGUGCCGGCUGAUGCGGGAGCGGCGGCUCACCAAGCCCCUGGUGGCCUGGUGCAUCGGGACUUGUUCUGACAUGUUCACGUCGGAGGUGCAGUUCGGGCACGCGGGCUCGCUGGCGGGCUCCGCGCUGGAGAAGGCGGCGGCCAAGAACGCGGCGCUGGCCGCGCACGGCGCCGCCGUGCCCGACUCCUUCGACACGCUCGGGGACGCCAUCAAUAAGGUGUACAAGAAGUUAGUAGCGGAAGGCAAGAUCAUAGAGAAGGAAGAGAUAGAACCUCCUAAAGUGCCAAUGGACUACGAUUGGGCAAGAAAACUGGGCAUCAUCAGGAAACCGGCGGCCUUCAUCAGUACGAUAUGUGACGAGCGCGGCCAGGAGCUGAGCUACUGCGGCGUGCCCAUCAGCGCCGUGCUGGAGAGGCAGCUGGGCGUGGGCGGCACCAUUAGCCUGUUGUGGUUCCAGCGUGAGCUGCCAGAGUGGGCGAGCAAGUUCUUCGAGCUGGUGCUGAUCGUGACUGCGGACCACGGGCCGGCGGUGUCGGGAGCACACAACACCAUGGUGACGGCGCGCGCCGGGAAGGACCUCAUCUCCUCCGUCGUCAGUGGACUCUUGACUAUUGGGGACCGUUUCGGGGGUGCUCUGGACCGCGCGGCGCAGGACUUCUGCGCGGCGUACGACCGCGGCCAGCACCCGCAGGAGUUCGUCAACGAGAAGCGCGCCAAGGGGGAGCUCAUCAUGGGCAUCGGCCACAGGGUGAAGUCAAUCAACAACCCGGACUCGCGCGUGCGCGAGCUGAAGGCGUACGUGACGGCGCGCUGGCCGGCGUGGCCGGUGACGCGCUACGCGCUGGACGUGGAGGCCAUCACCACGCGCAAGAAGCCCAACCUCAUCCUCAACGUGGACGGCAUCGUGGCCGCCGCCAUGGUCGACCUGUUCCGGCACUGUCAGCUGUUCACCCAAGAGGAAGGCAACAAUUACAUAGCGAUGGGUUCGAUCAACGCUCUCUUCGUGUUGGGUCGCACCAUCGGUCUGGUGGGUCACUACCUCGACCAGAAGCGUUUGAAACAACCCCUAUACCGUCAUCCAUGGGACGACAUCACCUACAUGUCCCCCCUUAAC